AUGAAAUUUUCCACUGCCACCAUUCUACUCCCAUUCUUCGCUCUAGCCAACCUAGCUGCUAGCACGCCCAUCUCCCCCCGACAAGCUGACCCCAGCUGCGGGCCGUUGUCCAAGCUGGUGGCACAACUAAGCGACUUCGAAAAAUUCUCGACCUUCAUACUUAAAAACGCACCCCACGAUCUCCAGAAAGCCAUUUCCGACGCGCAAAAGGGUGUAGCUUCAAUAGUUUCACCAAUCGACCUUUUGAACCCCCAAGUGCAGUCGCUACAAAACACCAUCUUGGCGGAUCUUUCGACAGUGGGUGGGGGCUUCCAGAAAGCUACACAAGCAAACAAUGAGGGGGAAAUUGUGGACAUUGCCGUGGAGAUCCAGAAGAUUCUAUUUCAACGUCUCUGGCCUGAUGCUGUUGGAAUUACUGCUCUGGUCCACACAAUCGGUGAUUGUAGCUCGGGAGCUCCUCAAUCCUAG